AGAGAGGUAAGUGUCCGCCUUUGACUCCAAAUACCGAGGUCUAGGGGAUAGCUGCUGUCUCUCUUCCCUGUUUCUCGGCUCUCGCAAGAAGGCAUGGAGAAGGGCAAGGGCUUGGCUCGUAAAUGGGCGGUGGAAUUCGCUGAGAAUACUUCUUCUUCUUCUUCUUACUCAGGCGUUCCAGAUCCUCUCGGUUUCAAUCGAUCUUCUCAAGAUCUCGACGACGCUAAUGGCGGAAGGCAGAAGAAGGACGCGGAGGCGGCGUGGAAGUCGCAGAAAGCUUGGGAAGUGGCACAAGCCCCGUUGAAGAACUUGUUAAUGAUGGGUUUCAUGAUGUGGAUGGCUGGAAGCACAGUCCAUUUGUUCAGUAUCGGCAUAACAUUCUCAGCUCUUUGGCAGCCAAUAAGCGCCCUUCAAGGUGUCGGAAAGGUUUUUGAACCCUACAAAGAUUCAAGGGUAGAUAUUCUUGCACCCAAGUUGCUAUUUAUUGCCCUUAACCUGGCUGGUCUGGCCUUGGGUGUAUGGAAGCUGAAUACAUUAGGCCUUCUUCCAACUCAUGCAUCCGACUGGGUUUCAUCUCUAGCCCCUGCUCAGGAGGUCGAGUUUUCUGGUGGGGGUCUUCCAAUACACUGAUGCUCUAAUGCCUUAUCUCCAUUCGCUGCGUUGAACCAGUUGAAGAUGUGGAAUCUUUCUAUGUUGGAUGAUGAUGCCGGUGCAAGAUCUAAUUUCCUGCUCUCAGAUGUUUUGAUAACUUGAUUUCCAUCUGGAUAUCUGUGUGUUUAGUGUGAGUUUCUCAUUGUUAAGAUAACCAAGUUAACCUUAUUAUGUUAUGUUUAUUGACUAGACAUGCAUUUUCCGUGGUGUUUACCGUCAUUGCUAAGAGAUCUAUGUUAAUCAUAGUUUGUGAUACAUGUUUCUCUCUCAUUUGCUGCAAUAGUGCUAAUGAAUAUCGGUUAUAUGAA